UCAUCAGCAUCACCUGACAGCAGCAGCAGGAGGAAGAGGAGGAGGCGAGCAUCCUUCAUGAUUCUGCAUUAAAGCAGCACUCUGUAUCAACAAACCCAGGGCCUUCACGGAUCCAAGCGCAGAUCUGCCUGAACUCCACAAACUCAAACAUGGAUAAUUCCGGGAAAGAGAAGGAAGCCAUGCAGCUGAUGGCAGAGGCGGACAAAAAAGUCAAAUCAUCGGGUUCAUUUCUCGGAGGGAUGUUCGGGGGUAAUCAUAAGGUUGAGGAUGCAUGUGAAAUAUAUGCCAGAGCUGCCAACAUGUUCAAAAUGGCCAAAAACUGGAGUGCUGCAGGCAGUGCUUUCUGCCAAGCUGCCAGACUUCACAUGCAGAUGCAGAACAAACUGGACUCGGCCACCAGCUUCGUUGAUGCUGGAAAUGCUUAUAAGAAGGCAGAUCCUCAAGAGGCUAUUAACUGUUUAAACGCAGCCAUCGAUAUUUACACAGACAUGGGAAGGUUCACGAUCGCCGCAAAGCAUCACAUGACUAUUGCAGAGAUCUAUGAAUCUGAGUUGGUGGAUAUCGAAAAGGCCAUCGCCCAUUAUGAGCAGGCUGCAGACUAUUACAAAGGGGAGGAGUCAAACAGCUCUGCCAAUAAGUGUCUGCUGAAGGUGGGCUCAUACAGCGCUCAGCUCGAGCAGUAUCCCAAAGCCAUCGAGAUCUAUGAGCAGGUUGCUACCAGCACGAUGGACAACCCUCUGCUGAAAUACAACGCUAAAGAGUACUUCUGGAAAGCAGCUCUCUGUCACUUCAUAGUGGAUGAGUUAAACGCAAAGCUUGCCAUUGAAAAGUACGAAGGGAUGUUUCCGGCAUUCUCUGAUUCAAGAGAAUGUAAGCUGCUGAAAAAACUGUUGGAGGCUCAUGAGGAGCAGAACAGCGAGGCGUUCACAGAAGCCGUUAAGGAGUUUGAUUCGAUCUCCCGUCUCGACCAAUGGCAGACCACCAUGUUGCUGCGUAUCAAGAAGACCAUCCAGGGUGAUGCCGGCGACCUCAAGUGAUGUGUCCGAGAAAAAAUACUGUGGCAUCAUAGCCAGUUUAAUUUCUGAUCGUAUCGUACGUGUGUGACAAUCUGGUUGAACAUUUCUGUAGUCAUACUAGCUCAAGCAUAAGCCGUUUCUUGGAAAGUUUAAAUGCUACAUGCAUUGCAUUUGAGAAAACAGAAGUAUAUAGAAUAUUAAUAUGGAUAAUUCUCUUCUGGAAGGCAUUUCUCUAUCCCUUUACUUCACCAUGAGGAAAUCUUUACCGUACACCAUUGUUUGUACUUGUGUGUGUGGCAUGUAAGACUCAGUCGUGCUGUUCUCUUUCUUUCAGUGUUGUCUCUGGCAUUAUCAUGCAUGAUAAAUGUUUAAAGUGUGUUUAUGUGCUGUAAAAUAGGAAAUCAGGUUUAUGUGAGUGCACUGUCUGUUCAAAUUAAAAACACACUGCCUUUUGCAUUUUGUGCCAUUGGCCUCUAAAAUGCGUCCUCACUUCGUCUUUGUCGAUAUGGCAGUGUCAGUCCUGUCGGAGUAUUUGCUGUAGUGGCUGUACAUGUUUCAUAAUCAGUAGAAUCACGUCUCUUGCUCACUAAUGAUGGUGAAGUGAUUUUCACAGUGUGAUAUUACAGACAGAGUUGAUUUUCUAAUGCAGGUCAAGUUAUUUGCAUUCUGGUAUUAUUUGUAAUUUUGUGUUUCAUUGGUUGUUUCACAUGGAUACGGGACAUUUGUUGUUUUGGGCAUUAUGAAUUAUAAUUUUACUUUAAGUGUUACUUGUUUUUUGAAGUUCACUUUGUGCCAGUAAAAUGAAAAUAUGUUGACUGAAUCUGAUAUAUUAAGCCAUCUAAUAUGUUGUAUAACUGACAGGGAAUCAAAAACGUAUGUUAAAAUGUAAAAGAGAUGACAAGUCUUAUUGAAACAUUUUAAUAAAUGUUCUACUGAUUUAUUCAAAGAAAAACUAAUAAACGAUCACUCAUGCCA